AUGUCGACCCCGGCCGUCUUCGCCGCGCCCCGCGCGCCCCGCGCGACUCCCGUCGGCACCCGCCGCGCAAGACGCGCGUCCGCUCCCCGGACCGCCGCGACGUCCCCCCGCGUCGUCCGAGCCGUCGCUUCGGACGACAAGGCUCCCGCGAAAGUCGUCGUGGUUGGCGGUUCCGGGUUCGUGGGCUCGCGCGUGUGCGAUAAGCUGAGGGCCGCGGGCGUCGCCGACGUCGUCUCCGUGUCCAAGUCCGGCGGCAACGGCGGCGUCGCCAUUGACCUCUCCUCCGACGCGUGCGUGACGGCGCUCACGGACGCGAUGAAGGGCGCCGACUGCGUGGUCUCGUGCGUCGGGGUGUUCAAACCGGGCGACGACGACGCCAUGCGCGAGGGGAACGGGACGUACAACGUCAGGGUCGUGGACGCCGCGGUGGCCGCGAAGGUCGAUCGCUUCGUCUACGUCUCCGUCGCGUCCAUCGUCCCGGACGCCCUGGGCGGAGCCGAGUCCGCGCCCGUCAUGGCUGGAUACUUUGCCGGGAAGAAGAUGACGGAGGAGGCUGUGGCCAACGCGUUCGAGGACUCGAACGUGUGCCUCGUCAAGCCCUCGUUCAUCUUCGGCGGAGACGCGUUCAGCGUGAACCCGCCGCGGGUCACGCAGCAGUACGGCGACGUCCUCGUGAAGAUCCUCGGCAGCGGCUUCGUCAAGUCGGUGGCGCAGCGAUCGCCCGGCCCAAUCGCGCUCACGCUCGCCGAGCCGGUUUCCGUGGACGACGUCGCCGGAGCCGUGUGCGCGGGGGUGUUCGGACGUAACCAAAAGAUGUCGUGCGACGGGACGGACGAGAUCAAGGCGUGCGCCGCGACGAUGUGA